UGGGAGUUGCUGCCCCCACUUAUGCCUCGGCUUGUUGGUGUAUGUAAUAUUAUAGUAGGUACUUAUAGGGCUAACAGGGCGCUAUCUAUCGUGCUUUUUCUGCACGCUUAUUUCAUUGCUUAGGUCCAGGUACCUUAUAAGCUAUUCCCAAGUCUCCCCUAUUAUCUUGCAACCUACAGUAGCGUCGUGAUAUCUAAUUCAACAUUGAAGAUACAACCAUCACAUACGCAGCUUCACGUCAAAAUUCAAAAAUAAUACAAACUUAGUCUUAAUCUUAUACAACCUCAGUGAUAUUUAAAUAAUACAAGUAUAUCUCUUCAUAUACCCUCACAUUUACACACCAACCUCUCACACCGUCACCAUGGCGGUGAAACCCUCAUUCCCGGGGUUUACGCCAAUCUCCGACCGGAUAUUCCUCCGCAACGAAGACAGCAAGCUCGGCUCCAUCGCCGAGGAGAAGCCCCCCGUCGACCACCCCACCACCAUCGUCGUCUACGGCUGGGGCGACGGCACGCCCAAAAACGUCGCCAAGUACGUCGACGGGUACCACAAGCUCUUCCCCGCGGCCCGGAUCCUCAUGGUGAUCUCGUCGACGUUCGCGGCGUCGUUCCCGUCGCUGGAACAGCGCACCGAGGUCAUGCUGCCGCUCGUCGACGUCGUGUUCCCGACGGCGGGCGAUCGUGCGGAGGAGGAAAAAGUGCUCUUCCACAUCAUGUCCAACACGGGCGGCAUCUACGCCGCCGCCACGCUCAACGCGUUCCAGCACCGCCACGGCCGACACCGGCGGCUGCCGCACCACCUAUGCGUCAACGACUCGACGCCGGGGAGCGUCGUGUUCGCGACGGAAGUAGGGCGGUGGUCGCGCGCCAUGGCCCUCGGCACCGCAAAGCUGUUCCCCUGGCCCUUCGCGCUCACGCACGCGCUGUGGUGGGUUUUCCUGUACGCGGUCCACCUCGUCGAGCGCGCGCGCGGGCGCGAGGCCUCCGGCGUGUACAGCUGCAGGGCGUUCCUCGACCACGGGAUGGCGACGCCCCGCGCGCCGAGGCUGUAUCUGUACUCCAAGGCCGACGACCUCAUCUGGUGGGAGGACGUGGAGAUGCAGGCGGAGGCUGCGAGGGGGAAGGGGUACGCGGCGGUGCUGGAGAGGUUCGAGGAUUCCCCGCACGUGGGACAUAUGCGGGUGCAUCCGCAGAGGUAUUGGGGGGCGAUUGAGAGGUGUUGGAGGGAGAGUAUGGCGAUGGAGGGGGUUUAGUAUUUUGAUACCUAUUACCUAUUAUGUUUGCCGUCAAGACUUGCCGCUGACUCUUAAACAUGAACGUUACUAGGUACGAAGUACGUAGUAAGGAUAAAGAAUAUAUCCUUAUAGCUACGACUUAGUAAGUUAUAUGUACUAGAGAGAGAUCUAGGCAGGAUCUUAUGUAGGAACGGACAGUUCUAGGCCAGAUUAAGUUUAAUAGAUGCAUGAUGGAUGUCUACCUAAAUAACUAAAUAAGGUACCCGAUGCUAUAGCAGGUGGCUUUUGUAGGUCAUACAUACCUAGGUUAGGUUAUAUCUCGUCUGUACAUACCUGUAUUGGUAUAUCUGAUAACAAUUCUCUUGGAACUUUCUUGGAACUUUCUUGGAAU